UUUGUCUACUUCUUGUUUGUGUUGUGACUCUAGCAUUACUCUAAGACGAAAGCCCUCCUUAAACCCUAAUUAACCUCCCCACUCUGCUCCGUUCGUCUGAAUUCUCAGUUUCUCACCUUCCCAAACAUUCCACCAUUCCUCUCCCUCUCUCAUAUUAUGAGAUACUCCAAAUUUCGUCAGUUAUUUCGUGGCAAGUCAUUACAAUCAUGUAAGCACAUAAUUGUAUUCACUUUCAGAUGAACUCUGUCUCGAGUGACUGGGAAAUGCGCCAAAGGGAUGCAGAAGUUGAUGAGCAGAAAUCCAUUUGGUUUUCAAGCAAGUUUAUCCCUUAGCUCUCUCCCUCUAUCUUUCUCAUUCGAUUUUCUCUGUCUAGGGUUUUACAAGAACCCUCAAAUACCUUUUUUCCCCUCUUUCCUCAAACCCAGCAUUGCAAUGCCCUCAUUGGCCGCUCUCCAGUCCCUGCGCCACUCUUCUCUUCCCAAUUCUACCGCCAGGUUCCCUUUCUCUGCCGGGGAAAGAUUAGUCACAAAGACACUCUCUUCCCAGUCCAUGAGUUGCCAAAUUUGUCGUUGUUAUCUCCCAGGUGUGGCUCCAAUGAGGGCCUGGGCUUAUCUUGAGCGCAAAAAUUGGAGCGGGUCCCAAGCCAAGUUGUUCUCUACGGUUGCCGUGGCUACGGAUAAGGGUUUACUUGCGCCAGAAGGUAGGACUGAGGGGUUGGAGAGUUCGAAACCGGAUGCUGCCGCUGGUGAAUGGAGCCCAAAGGAUUUUAAGGAGCAGGAGGGAGAGAGGUCUCAACGGAGGCAGAGGAGUGGGAGCCCCAUAGCCGGGCCAUUACAGGGGAAUCCAGAUUUGCUAGCCAUACCGGGUGUGGGACCAAGGAACUUGAAGAAGCUGGUGGAGAAGGGAUUCGAAGAUGUUUCCCAACUUAAGAAGCUAUACCGGGAUAAGUUCUUUGGAACUUCAAGUGAAAAGAUGGUUGAGUUCUUACAGAGCUCAGUUGGUAUCAUCCACAAAAACCAUGCUGAGAGUAUUACUACGUUCAUUAAGAAAAGUGUGGAUGAAGAGUUGAAGGACAGGGUUGAUUCUGACAUAAAGACUGCACAAAAGAAACGGAUAACUUUCUGCGUUGAGGGAAAUAUAAGUGUUGGCAAAACCACUUUUUUGCAGAGAAUAGCUAAUGAAACACUUGAGCUACAAGACCUUGUUGAGGUAGUACCUGAACCUAUUGGGAAGUGGCAGGAUAUUGGGCCUGAUCACUUCAACAUAUUAGAUGCAUUCUACGCUGAGCCCCAAAGAUAUGCAUAUACCUUUCAAAACUAUGUUUUUGUUACAAGAGUAAUGCAGGAGAGAGAAUCAUCCAGUGGUAUCAAACCUCUCAGGUUGAUGGAGAGAAGUGUUUUUAGUGACAGGAUGGUCUUUGUAAGGGCGGUUCAUGAAGCUAACUGGAUGAAUGAGAUGGAGAUCAGCAUCUAUGACUCAUGGUUUGACCCUGUCGUUUCCACUUUGCCUGGUCUAAUACCCGAUGGUUUUAUCUAUCUGAGAGCAAGCCCUGAUACUUGCCACAAGAGAAUGAUGCUACGUAAGAGAGACGAGGAAGGUGGAGUCUCCCUUGACUAUUUGAGAGAUUUGCAUGAAAAACACGAGAGCUGGCUUUUCCCAUUUGAAAGUGGAAACCACGGCAUACUAUCAGUCAGUAAACUCCCACAGACCUUUGAAAAUAACUUACCUUUGGAUAUAAGGGAUCGUGUCUUCUAUUUGGAGGGUAAUCGUAUGCAUCCAAGUAUUGAAAAGGUUCCUGCCUUGGUUCUUGAUUGUGAGCCGAACAUUGACUUCAAUAGAGAUAUUGAAGCAAAGCGACAGUAUGCGCAACAAGUUGCCGAGUUCUUUGAAUUUGUGAAGAAAAAGAAAGAAGUAAACGCUUCUGGUUUUGGUGAAAAAGAUUUGCCAAAGAUUAAUCAACCGCAGUUGCUCCUGCCUCAGAGAAAGGGAAUGUGGGUGCCCGAGGGGAAAUUCUCAGAUUUCGGCCUAAAAUCUUUGGAUCUCAGGCGAACGAUGUCCCUUUUGUCCCACUAGUGGGAGUCUUAGCAAGUGCCAAAAUCCAAUGCCUUGGGGAGGUGGUCUUCUAAGUCAAUCUGCCUGUAAAAAAGUCUUAGUAUUUGACUUUGCUUUGAUCCCAAGGCGUUGUAUUGUGGAUGCUCGGGAAGGUGGAAGCUUUUGUAAAGUAUCCCAGGUUUUUAGUCUGUUAGCAGUGAAAAUGUAAAGAAGGUAAUCUAGAGGAGUAGCUAGCUGUGGAUUGAUUCAUAAGUGGAAGAUUUCUACUCCCUUCGUCCCAAAUUAUAAUGUUUGUUCACUAUUCACAAGGUCAAACUUUAUUCACUUUCUUUCUCUAUUUUCGUAAGCAAUUUGAUAAAAUAAAGUACUAUUGUCACU